GAUUCUUGAGGCGCACCAUAAUUCUCGUUGCUGGACAAUGUCCGAGAUAUUGUGACGCGACUGCAGAAAAAAAGUUUGGGAGACGCGAUGAUUCUUCGCUUGUGACGUUGAUGCAGCAAUCACAAGGUGAAUGGUGGGGUAAAGACUUCACUUACUGUGACCUCAAACAUCAACCAUGUCAAAUCUAAAAACUGCAAUUCUUAUCGUGUCAACUACUGCUUCGAAAGAUCCGUCUACUGAUUCCUCGGGCGGGAUCUUAAAAGAUGUGUUCGAGCGUGAAGGAGGAGGUCAGUGGGAGGUAGUUGAUAUCAGGAUUGUGGGGGAUGAGGUGCUGGACAUUCAGAGGACCAUCACAGGUUGGACAGAUGGAGCUGAAAGUCCCAAUGUGAUUAUUACCACGGGAGGAACUGGUUUUGCUGUUCAUGAUAGUACGCCUGAGGCGGUCACUCCUCUACUUCACAAACAAGCUCCUGGCUUAGUACAUGGAAUGCUUGCUGCUUCAUUAGCUGUUACUCCUUUUGCUCUUAUGUCGAGACCUGUAGCUGGUGUACGGCACAAGACCAUUAUCUUGACGCUUCCAGGCUCACCAAAAGGAGCUCGAGAGAAUCUCCAAUCAAUCUUGAAACUCUUACCUCACGCUUGCCUCCAAGCAGCAGGAGCAGACUCGAGAACAUUGCAUGCUGGAGGUGUGAAGAAGCUGGAAAAAGAUGCAGGUGUGGGUGCCACUCCAGGCCACUUCCAUAGCCAUGCUCAUUCUCAUCACGGACACUCUCAUGGUGGCCACAACCACGAACAUGCUAUGCCCAUCAGGCAUACUGCUCCUGCCGAAAACCCAAAAUCAAAUGAUCCAAGUCUAGGACCAACAAGACGAAAUCGAUCAUCUCCAUAUCCCAUGCUCUCAGUCGAUGAGGCAAUUAAACUUAUCAAAGAACACACUCCAGCUCCCAAAAUAGUCACAGCAAAAGUCGAUGGCACUCUAGUUGGUUGUGUACUUGCAGAAGAUGUCACAGCGACAGAAGCCGUACCUGCAUAUCGAGCCAGUAUCGUGGAUGGCUAUGCAGUCAUUGCACCUGAAGAUGGUGGUUCAAGUAAAGGCGUCUUUCCUGUCGCUUCGAUAUCUCAUGCCACCCCUGGCGAGAUACCUGAGUUGAAACCUGGUCAAAUCACACGAAUCACUACGGGUGCUCCACUUCCUCCCGGUGCCACGUCAGUUGUGAUGGUUGAAGACACAGUUCUGAAAACUAUGACAGACGAUGGGAGUGAGGAGAAAGAAGUCGAGAUCUUGGCCGAGGACGUCAAGUCAGCCGAGAAUAUUCGGGAAAUUGGGAGCGAUAUCAAGAAAGACUCUGUCAUUCUUCGAAAGGGAGAAGAAAUUUCUGCCAUUGGCGGAGAAUUAGGUCUUCUUGCUUCAGUUGGAAGAGCCAAAGUGAUGGUAUACAAGAAGCCAGUCAUUGGUGUCCUUUCAACAGGAGAUGAGAUCAUCGAACAUAGUCGAGACGGGGAGCUAAGAUUAGGAGAAGUGAGGGAUUGCAACAGACCCACAAUCAUGUCGGCUGCUCGCGGUUGGGGAUUCGAAGUCGUCGACCUUGGAAUUGCGAGAGAUAAAUCUAGACACCUGGAAGAGACAUUGAGGAAUGGAUUCAGGAAAGUGGACGUCAUUAUCACAUCAGGAGGAGUAUCUAUGGGAGAAUUGGACCUUUUAAAACCUACGAUCGAGAGAUCUUUAGGUGGAACGAUCCAUUUUGGACGAGUAUCGAUGAAGCCAGGCAAGCCUACGACAUUCGCCACAGUGCCAGUGAAGAACAAUACUGGAGAGAGAUUCGAGAAAGUUAUCUUCUCGUUACCGGGAAAUCCAGUCUCAGCGAUCGUUACUUUCCAUCUCUUCGUCUUGCCGUCUUUACAUCAAGCUUCAGGUAUCGCUCCAGCGGGUCUACCAAAGAUUCAGGUCACACUGGAUCACGAAUUCCGUCUCGAUCCGCAAAGGGCUGAGUAUCAUCGGGCCAUAGUCACGCUAGGGAGAGAUGGGGUUAUUCAUGCUAGUAGCACAGGUGGUCAGAGAAGCUCUAGAGUAGGAAGUUUGAAGAGUGCUAAUGCACUGAUUUGCUUGCCUGCUGGGAAGGAGACGCUGAGCAAAGGGUCGAAGAUUGAGGCACUGUUGAUGGGGAAGUUGAAAAGUGAAUUUGAUACUUUGUAGGAUACAGGAAGCGGAAUUGAUUGAAAGAUAAUGAUCCAGACAAUCGACGAGCUUGCAUCGAAGUG